AGUCCCAGCGGCGCCUGCGCACUAUGGAGCAGGGUGGGGAUGACGCGUGCGCGCUGCGUGAGGGUGGGGCUAGUGCGCACGCAGCCUCAGCUCCUACCCCGCCCUUGCUCUUCCCGGUUUCUCCGUCAGCCUGCGGCUCCCGGCUGGCGGCUGCUUCCGAUAGGAGAGCGGUGUAGGGCGAGCAGGUCUCAGCUCCUCGUCAUGUCAUACGGUCCCUUAGACAUGUACCGGAACCCGGGGCCCUCAGGGCCCCAGCUCCGGGACUUCAGCAGCAUCAUCCAGACGUGCAGCGGCAACAUCCAGCGGAUCAGCCAAGCCACUGCUCAGAUAAAGAAUUUGAUGAGCCAGCUAGGAACUAAGCAGGACUCAACCAAGCUACAGGAAAAUCUGCAACAGUUACAACACUCCACAAAUCAGCUCGCCAAGGAAACAAAUGAAUUGCUGAAAGAAUUAGGGUCCUUGCCCCUUCCCUUAUCUGCUUCUGAACAGCGCCAGCAGAGACUUCAGAAGGAACGCCUCAUGAAUGACUUCUCUGCAGCCUUAAACAAUUUCCAAGCUGUGCAGAGAAGGGUAUCCGAAAAGGAAAAGGAGAGUAUUGCCAGAGCAAGAGCUGGAUCUCGUCUUUCUGCAGAAGAGAGGCAAAGAGAGGAGCAGCUGGUCUCAUUUGACAGCCAUGAGGAGUGGAACCAGAUGCAGAGCCAGGAGGAUGAGGUGGCCAUCACUGAGCAGGAUUUGGAACUUAUUAAAGAAAGAGAAACAGCAAUUCGGCAGCUGGAGGCUGACAUUUUGGAUGUCAAUCAGAUAUUUAAAGAUUUGGCCAUGAUGAUCCAUGACCAAGGUGAUCUGAUUGAUAGCAUAGAAGCCAAUGUGGAAAGCUCAGAGGUACAUGUUGAAAGAGCCACUGAACAGUUACAGCGAGCUGCUUAUUAUCAGAAAAAAUCUCGCAAGAAGAUGUGUAUCCUGGUGCUUGUCCUGUCAGUGAUUGUUUUAAUCUUGGGACUCAUUAUCUGGCUAGUUUACAAAACGAAGUGAUUGCCUCCGAUCCUUCUCUCACUGAGCUGUUUUCACCGGCAAGUUGGAGUCUUGCCAGAACAAACUGAUCACAAGAAGACAGCAUACUGUCAUCCUGUAAUAAUUUAGUUAGAAACUAACUACUAACUAGUCUUUGGAAUUAGUGACCUAUGGAGACAGUGUUUAUCAAUUUAUUGAUUUUAUUUCUCAAAUUAGGAAUUAACUUACGUGGAUUUUGCUUUCUCUUGUAUUCUGAUUGCCCUUCAUCAUCCCAAGUGCUUACUGAAAAUUCCAUUCUAGAUACUCUUGUUUUGACAAAUGACACUACAGUCUUGUAAUAUUGUCUUUUAUGUAUAUACAAAAUUUAUCUUUUUACUAGCAACUGAGAUAGAAUUACUUUCUGGCACCCAGUAUAUUGGAGUCUUUCAGAAACUGUAUAAUAGGCCAGCAGUUUUUAUUAUUUAACAUUUUCAUUUGAAUUUCUAAGAAGCCUAUUCUCUACUUUGAAAGAUUUUGGUACUAUAUUUAAUUGAAAGGUAAAAAAUAGUACAUGUGAUCCAGAGUAAAUGAGAAGUCUCUGUCUGAGCUGGUCAGUUACUGGAGUACAUGUUACUAAUCUGGUUUAAAGUUUACUUCUUUAUCUGCUAGUGUCAUCCACAGCAGUUCAUCUUCAUCCACACUAAGCCAUCUUGUUAGCUUUUUAAAGAAGUUAAUUUAAUUAACAUUACUAUACUCUAUGGGGUCCCUCUCCCACCUGUCUGCAUAGAAAGGGAGAAUUAGACAUAGCAUGCUUUUGAAAAGCAAAUAGGAAUUGUUGGGAAUGAUUUAAUCUUUUCGUUGUUGUUCACUUGUGGUUCUACAUUCCUGGUGAAUGAUGAAUGUUGCUGUCGAAGUGCUGACCCCUACCUUAUAAGGGUUGUUGGGCAUUUGAAGACAGGAAGAUUUUUAAAGAUAGAUUGAGGUUGGUUUAAAAUUUACUCCUGUGAACCAACAAUAAAGCAAAGAACAGGUUCAUUUUUGUAAAUAAUACUGGUUUUGAAUAUGAUAUUAGACAACCUAAUUUAUAAACAAGAGUUUAAUCUCUCCAUGCGUAGUUUUAGGCAAAAAAAGAUGUUUCAAUAAAAUUGCUGUCUUGUAAUAUAAA